AAUAAGAUAUAACUCUUUAUUUUUUUCUUUCUUUACGUUCUCCUUUCAUAGGGUAAGGACUAAGGGUGCCGUUUGCCGCUGGGGCCGUGGUGCGAAAUGCCCUUGGGGCAAGUACAGCUGGAGGCGGCCCUCAGCCGUGCCUCAGGGCGGCCAGAGCGGAGCAGUAAGGCAUGCUGACGGCUGCUGAGGUACUGGGGGUGUGCAGGUGUUUGGGGCUGCAGGGCCCACCUGCUGACCGGGCGGUGGAAGUCACAGUGACCCCCAUCAUUCUGUAACCGGAGCGGCGGGUGCCAGAGGGAUGACCAGCACCAGGCCGAGAUUAGAGAGCAGGGAAGCGUCUUUGAAGAACUUCUUGUUGGGAUGCCUCACAUCACUGCAGCUGCAGCCCUGCAGAUCUGCGCGCUGCUGGCUGCGCUUCUUGCACAGUAUUACAUAGCCCAGUGGUAUGGAACAGACCCUGCUCAGCGCACCCAAAUGACAAAAAGGAUAAUUGCCUGUGGGAGCAGCUUUACAAAAUCUUACUUGAGCCUGAAUGCGUGGGCAGAUGGUUUGAAGCUGUGGCUAUCAAAGACGAGGCAGGGUGAAGGGAGUAAGACUGAAAGAACGAAGCUGGUGAACAUCAUAGAAGAGGAGGGAAGGAAUUGGUACUAUGGAGAAAAGAAAAUUAAAAGUGCUGACAGUGAAGCAGAAAACCAUUCCUAUUUUGCAGCAUCAUCUCAUGUUCACAGUCCAAAGCCUGAAUCUAUCCAGUUCAGUGUGGGACAGGUGAUAGUUCACAAGAGAUUUGGUUAUUUGGGAGUCAUUGUUGGAUGGGAUGUGAAAGCUAAAGCUCCAGAAGAAUGGCUACAACACAAAUAUCCUCCAGAAAAACAGGACAUAAUACAUACUCCCCACUAUCGAAUUCUAAUUAACAAUGCAAGUGGAUUUGGCAAAUCUACCGCUUACAUUCCUGAGGAAGAGAUAACACUUACUGUGGGAUUAGAGGUACACCACCCUGAUGUUAAAGUCUAUUUCUGUGGAUAUGAUGGAUCAAAGUAUAUUUUGCAGCCAUGGUUGAGAGACAUCUAUCCUCAUGACUGAAGCAUUCAAGUAUUUGUACAUAAAAUGUACAUCUGGACAACAUAUUUCCUCUUUAAGCUUGAGCAAAUGGACACCAAGAAAAAACUAAUGUAUGGUUUUUUUUUUCCCUAUGAUGGAAUAAAGCAUUCCUAAGCGUGUUUUAUAUUGAAGAAUUCAUUUCAUUAGAAAUGAACAACUGGCAGGUUGUGGAGCAGAAAAAAAUGAAACAUUA